AUGACAAUGUUAGACAUUCAUAAUGUGGAUGUCCUGGAGGCCCUGCUCCAAAUGAUGGACUUCGACACGGUAAACGAGGCGGAAACGGUUUGCCGACGCUGGCGAGAUCUAAUCCAACGACGUCGUCGUCAUUAUGCGUAUAUAUUUGAUUUUUUCCAAAUUUUUGCGGGUAUUUUCCUUAUUUCUAUAAUUUUGUUUCCAGACGACUGAAAGUCGAACAAGUCUCCAUGCGGUUCACCUUCUUCUCCAACGAUUGCUUCGUUAUCGAUCCGCUAAUAGUCGAUGUUUCCUCCUGAAUUCUGCCAAAAAAAAUCAAAAUUUUUUAGAAUAGAAGAAAAGUUCCCAUCAACGAUGAUUUAUAUUAUUUCGUCGAUUGGGUGGAGCCCUACGAACUCGCGAUAAAAAGCGUCAUGCAGGGCGAUCUCACCGUUGAGUUCACUUCCAUGCCCGGAAUAUGGUUCAUUGACGUUAAAAGUGUUCGUUUUUUAAUAAUCAGACUAGAAAUUCAAGCAAAAAUGAUAAAAAAAAAGAAAACUAAUAGGUCAAUUAAUUCGUUUUUUUCGGGAAACAUAUCCUAGUGAUUAUUUUUUCUUGAAAUUUUCGAUGCCUGUAUAGUUUCGAGUUGUUCAAAAUUUUUUUCCUCUAAUCAUCUCUAAUCAAUUUUCUCUAAUUUUUCUCAAACAAAGACUUUUUCUUUCAGCUCUUUGUAAACUGCUGCGGAAAAGGCACCGGCCUCGAACUCGUCCACUUCCUGCCGCGUUUCAGAAACCUCAAAAAAUUCCACGUGAUCGGUCAAUUUUGGUUUACCGAUUUCGCGUUUAUCCUCAGUUGCAUGAAGAGCGUUGAGUAUAUCUCGUGAGUUCAAAAUUUUGGCUCCCUUUCUUAAGGGAGGUCAUUUUUCAGUUUGAAGUUUGGAAUUAUUUUUAAGGUCCAGGUUAGGUUUUUUUUUAAAAGAUUUCUUUGGAUCGGUCACUAUCUGCAAAGAAUCUGACUUGUUAAGAAAGAAAAAUUCGAUUUUAACUCAAAAAUGGGCCUGAAUUUCAUGGUUCACGAAAAAAAGUCGUAUCAUUAAAAUGAAACAUUUGGAACAAAUCAGGGUUUUUGAUGAUUCAGAUAUCUGAAAAAUCGAAAUUUAAAAAAAUUAACAUGUUUUUGAGACUUGUAGUUAGAGUUUCUUGAAAUUUCAGCGAUAUAUCACGGAAAAAGUUCGUUUUUAUAUAAAGUUUUGAGUUUUGUAUAUAAUUUUUUUUUUCGGAAAUUAUGGUUUUGCAAUAAGAAGGGGCCUAAGCCACUAGAGAGCGAGAAAUAUAACUGAAUUUCCGGAAUUGAGAUAAAAAUUAUGAUUCCGCGAAAAAUAUUUUGAACUUGGCGAGAGCGCCGAGGUGCAUGCACUCGACACACUACACUUUACGGAAAAAUAUGGGCGUGGCGUCGCCAAAAAAAAAACGUCGCGGUCCACUUAUAGCUGCGACCACCAGCGCAAUUUAUUUUGAAGAUAAGAUUUUUUGUGUUUGAGAAAAAUUGGUUUCAGGCCUGAUUUAACGCAAACUCUGAAAGAUCAAUUAUCUUAAUUCCCUUUUGAUGAUCUUUUUUACAAGCUCAAAAAAAGUUUUCACCUCAAAUACUAGUUUAAAAAAAAAAAUAGAAUUUCUCUUCUUGACCGGUUUUCGCAACCUUAUUUUUAGAUACCCAUUCAUAGGUGUGAAAAAAAGACAAUUUUUAGGUUGCUCUUGUCGGUUCCGAACAUCUAUCUGCCGCCGUUCGAUGUUCGAAACCCGGAAAUUCGCGCCGCCAUGAUGCGGAACGACCAACAGGAAAGUCGUCAGAUCGCAGACCUCGUCCGGAUGGACUUCGAAGAACGUCUCCAGAGACACGUCGCCCGCGGGAUGGGCGAAGAAGAGGAAAUCGUCUCGACCGACGAGGAGGACAUCUGGGACGACGAAGUGUUCCUGGACGAUCCCCAGGAUGCCCAACAGCCCGCCCAACCUCAGAUCAUCGUGCUCCAACCUGCGCCCGAAGCCCCGGGGAUGCAAUUGUUCUAUGUCCCGCCCGAACUUGCGUAUGCACCGUACGGAGAUAGUGGUAGCGAGAGUGAUGACGAAGAUGAGGAAGAUGAAGAAGUCGUGCAACAAGUUGCGAAUGAAAUUGCUGACGAAGUCGCGCGGAGAGCUAUUGAAGAAGCUGCGGAGAGAGCUGCGAUUGAAGCCGCACAGAGAGAGGUGAUUGAAGCGGCGGAGAGGGCUGCGAUUGAAGCGGCGGAAAGAGCUGCGAUUGAAGCGGCGGAAAGAGCUGCGAUUGAAGCGGCGGAGAGGGCUGCGAAUGAAGCGGCAGAGAGGGCUGCGAACGAAGCCGCGGAAAGAGCUGCGAUUGAAGCGGCAGAGAGGGCUGCGAAUGGUGCCGCAGAAGAGGCUGCAAAUGGACCUGCGAAUGAAGCCGCGGGACCAGCUUUUCAAGAUCCUUUGAAUGCAGUCGUGGUCGAUGUCGUUCACGAUUUCCCGGCUCAACCUGAGGUACAUUUAUAACUUUUCAAAGUGAGGUUAAGGAAGGAAAAAAAAACUUCGCUUCUAAAAUAAGGUAUAGCCACCCCAGUCUUUGAUUUUACCCCCACCAGUCCAAAUUUGCCUUGGUGGGGGGCAUGCUCGGACGUGGGGUACUGUAACCGGAUGGCGAUUCUGGAGUUUUCCCCAAAACAGAACCUGAAAGUUUUAUAAAAGCAUAAUACACGUCAUAUUUUAGUUUUUCGCUUUAAAUCUUCCGUUUCAAGUAACGUCAAAGUUUACAGUAAAUAAUAUUUUUUCAGUUAAUUUCAACUUUUUCCCAUUUUUUCAGCCGGUGGCUGAACCGGUACAAGAGCCAGAACCGCGGAGAACCACUAUAACAGCAAGCGACGAAGAUCUGAGAACCUUGAUAAUCAAGUCCGACAAACUGACGCGCCUGGAUAUUGGAGACUUCGACAACGCUUUUUCCACCAACCAGUUUAUCCGAUUUUUGCAGGUUUUUCUUCAACUUUCCCUAGAGAAAAGUUACAAAAUGUUUUAAAUUCUUCGUUUUCUUAUGCUUUUCAGCGAGAAAAUGAUUUUCACGCGAAACAAAAAAUGUAUUCGAAAGAAAGCAGAAAUUAGGAAAGCCCCCAGUUUACAGCCGCCCCCGAACAAAAUCUCCCCCUAUCAAGCCAAAUUUCGGCUGAUGGGGGGCUUUUUCUUAUUCUAGAACCCCCUCCCUCCCUCCCACAGAGCAAAGUGCGAAGCGUGGGGGAUCAACUUUCAAGAUUCUGAUCAACAUGCCAGCUCCUGUUAAAUCUUUUCGAGACCUAUUAGCAUAUAUUCCCCAAGAGAGGGGGCUAUCCUGUUUUUUUGUUGCCAAAAAGAACUUUUACCAAAUUUCACUUCCCUUCGCUCCUUGCUGUCUUUUUUGAAUUUUUGUAGAGCAGCCGUCUGAAAACUUACAAAACAUAAACACAUGAAAAUAGACUAAUACCCUUCCCAAGAUGUCUCCUUCUUGCAGGAAGCAGAUUUCGCGUCGGAAUGCACUAUCGUUCUCAAGUUCUGGGUUUCCCACAAGGCCAGAAUGGACAUCUGGAUCCGGAACAACUGCAGAAUCCGCAUGCAGGCGGACCUCCGCGCGACAAACGACAUUUUCAAGUACAUCUUCGAGUUCCGAGAGACCGCCUUCUACCUAACUUUCAAGCAGAAUCUUCCCAAUCAAGAAUAA